AUCAAAGUAUACUUUAACCCGGCUCAUUACACCGUCAUGGAAAAUGUGGGCCAAUUCGCAGUCACUAUUAGCCGAGAGGGAGAUCUCAAACCCACAGUUUGUGUGGACUUCAAGACGGAAGACGGAACGGCAAACGCCGGCUCUGAUUACGAGCCAAUCGAAGGAACCAUUAUUUUCAGACCCAACGAAAUGCAUAAACAGGUUUUCAUUACAGUCAUCGACGACGACCUCUUUGAAGAAGACGAACACUUUUACGUUCGCUUAAGUAAUCCGCGGUAUUUGAGUCACGAUGGAUGCACACCAAUGAACGGCGCUAUCAGUAACACCAAUAAGAGUCCACCACUCCUACAACUGGCCACUCCGGCCAUCGCCACUGUCAUGAUCCUCGACGACGACCACUCAGGCGUCUACUCAUUCGCUGAGAGUCAGUACGAGGUCUCGGAGUCUGUGGGCGAAUACCAUCUGAAAGUGAACCGAUUCAGUGGCGCCCGGGGAAAGGUAUCCGUUCCCUACCAUACCUGCGAGGGAACCGCCAAACAUGGCGUCGAGUUCGAGAUGACUGAAGGCGUCGUAUUCUUCGACAAUAACCAAACGUCUCAAGAAAUUGUGAUUCACAUUAUGGACGCCGAGAGCUAUGAAAAAGAUGCCGUCUUUUACGUGGAAUUGGGUGAACCCGUGCGCGAAGAGGACUCCAUCGAAGAGUUUGAUGACCAAAAAGAUCCAAAUCACCAGUCGUUUGACGAGAAGAUUGCACUCCUGGGUAAACCAAAACUGGGAGAGAUCUACAAGUGCUCCGUAAGAAUCAAAGAGAGCAAAGAAUUCAAGAACACUGUCGACAAAUUGAUAUCCAAAGCAAACACUAAGAUCUUGAUGGGAACGUCCUCCUGGAGGGAUCAGUUCAUUGAUGCGAUCACUGUGUCCGCCGGUGACGACGACAACGCCGAUGAGGACGGAGAAGAGGGGGAACGGGAGGAGAAGUUGCCGACCUGUUCAGACUAUGUGAUGCAUUUGUUCACACUUUUCUGGAAAAUAUUGUUCGCAUUCGUGCCGCCGACAGAAAUGGGCGACGGGUGGGCCUGUUUUGUGAUCAGCAUUAUAUGGAUCGGCAUUUUGACGGCAGUCGUCGGAGAUCUGGCCUCACAUUUCGGUUGCACUGUAGGCCUGAAGGACUCGGUGACGGCCAUCUCGUUCGUGGCGUUGGGCACUAGUAUUCCGGACACGUUUGCGAGCAAAGUGGCCGCACAGAACGACCAGUUCGCCGACUCGUCCAUCGGGAACGUGACGGGCAGUAACGCCGUCAAUGUCUUCCUGGGCAUUGGCAUCGCGUGGACUUUGGCCGCUAUAGUGCACGCAUACAGAGGCACUCAAUUCCGUGUAGACCCGGGAUCUCUGGUCUAUUCGGUCACUCUGUUUAGUAUCUGUGCUUUUCUCACGUGUAUUGUACUUAUGAUCAGACGAAGACUCGGCGGAGAGUUAGGCGGACGUAUGCUCUAUAAACUGCCGGCCGUUAUAUUAUUUGUGUGUUUUUGGUUGUUUUAUGUGUUGAUGUCGAGUCUCGAGGCCUACAAAAUGAUUCCCGGAUUCUAA